AUGUUAGGAUUGAUAGAGACAAAAAAAGAAGCUGUGACAACCUAUGAUGUAGUGCAAUUGUGGGGUGCUGGUGCUGUGAAAUGGGAGUAUGUGGGGUCGAUUGGUGCUUCUGGGGGCCUGUUAUUGGUGUGGGAUGAAACGGUAUUUAAGAUGAAUAACUGCUAUAAAGGAAGUAGGUGGUUGUGUGUGGAGGGUGUUUUACUUAGGAAUAACUUUUCCUGUGCUUUUUGUUUGGUCUAUGGCCCGCAUGAUAGGCGAGGCAAGCUUGAUACAUGGGAAGAGUUGAGCUUUCUUUAUGGAUUGUGUCAAGCACCUUUUUGCUAUCUGGGAGAUUUCAAUGAGAUAACUCAGUUAGAGGAUAGGAAAGGAAUUAAUUCCUUGCCGGUGUCUGCCGUAGAGUUUAAAGAUUGGAUCCAGGAUAUGGAGUUAGUGGACUUGGAGCUCACUGAUCGAUUGUUUACCUGGUUCAGAGGGGAGUCAUGCAGUCGCAUUGAUAGGGCUUUGGUGAGUUUGGAGUGGUUGGAAGUGUUUCCUGAAACUCGGUUGCGGGGUGGCCCAAGAGGGUUAUCUGACCAUUGUCCGUUGAUAAUGGAGGCCUCACAGGUGAGAGGGGGGCCAAGACCGUUUCGAAGCUUAGAUUCUUGGUUCACGCACGAUGGGUAUCUCCGGAUGGUAAAAGAGGAAUGGAGGGCGUUAGGUGACAGGCAGUUCAUGGACAAGCUAAAGGCUUUGACGAGUCCACUGAGCAGAUGGCAUAAAAAGAACUUUGGGGACAUGGAUAAAAGGAUUACACAGUUUGAGGAUGAAUUAAAGAAAGUGGAUGAUUUGACGGGCGCUGGAGUGGCUGAUGGGACUGUGGAAGCUAGGAGGAAAGCACUUGUGAGUUGCUGUAAGAAAUGGUACAUCCGCCAGGAACUACAUUGA